AUGCGCCAGAGUAUGGCGGUGAGAGGCAACCAAGAGAUGGGUGGCUUUAAGUUGCUGGAGGAAGAUGCUCUAGAUGACCGGCCAUGUCCGGCGGUCAAGAGAUUUGUUUCCUCCAUUCUUGACCGCAAGGACAUGAAAGACCAAGAGGUCGCUUCCAGCUUUCGCAGUAAACACAUCAAACUGAUAUAUGGUCUUCUUUGCAGGGUGGCAGCAUCUGCCCAGAUCCAGAUAAACCCCAACAUGCCAGGCACUUUCUUCAACAAGGGCAUAUGCCCCCCUGGGUCUUACCAGACACAGCAUGUCCAAAUCAACCAUCACCGUCCAGGCAUGGUCAACAUGUCGGCACAUCAUCCCCAGAUACGAACCCCUGUAGACUCCCCACUUGACCAAGGUUACUUUUCAAAUGAGUCUGCAGGCAACUGCAGCAGUAGUUCAGCGGCUUCUCCUGCCUUCACGUCCUCGUCCAUGUCUUCCUUGUCUGCCACCUCCACCAUCAUGGCAGCUGACCACAGCCAGAAGGUGUCACAGAAAGGUAGCCUACCGCAGCAGCAGAUCCCAGGUGAGAUAUGUGUGUUUCUGGAAGGGUUAUCUUUAAACCUGUUCAUGCAGCUCUCUCUCUCUCUCUCUCUCUCUCUCUCUCUCUCUCUCUCUCUCUCUCUCUCUCUCUCUCUCUCUCUCUCUCUCUCUCUCUCUCUCUCUCUCUCUCUCUCUCUCUCUCUCUCUCUCUCUCUCUCUCUCUCUGUGUGUGUCACAUGUAAACCCACCCACCCAUCUGACGGUCCCUUCCACCCACACACAUUACCUCACAUGGGUCCAUGUGCUGGACCUGGUUGUGCAGCUUGUAAACUGAAUCAGACUAGCCGACCCCAGAUCCUCUCAUCGCAGCAGAAGUUUAUUCAGCACCUCAUCAUGGAUGAGGGCAACUCGGCUUACCGCUCUCACCCACUCUUCCCACUGCUGCGAGAUCUGGUGAUUGCGGAGAUGAAUUUCGACAACCCGAGGUUCCACUACCAACAGUUACUGAGCUUGCUGCCCAAUGAUUUUAACAAGCUGCUGCAGAACUUUCUCCAUCGCAACCCACCCUCGGGCCACUACCAGAGCAACCAUGCCGUGGAAAGUGUUAUCAUGGACAGUCUGAGACUGGCACAUGGUAAUCUUUUAGACAAGAUCCGUCACCGCCAGGAACUGGAAAAAGCCAAAGCCAACUCAUCAGUUACUUUGAGAACGAUGGAAGAGUUUUGUCACAAGUUUGAUCACACAGUCAAUGGACCUAUGCAGGGCGGACCUUUACCACCAAACGGCAUGGGCUCUAUGGCACUGAACCACCAUCCCAUGGGUGCAUACCAUGAAAACAGCUACAUCCAGCCUGGAGUGGGACAUGUGUAUCACUCAAUCAAAGACCGGGCAGACAUGUUUGGUGACCCAUCCUUAGCAAGUCCGCAGGCCAGCAAGGCAGAGUCCAAGAAACACCCAAGCUUGCCUAAAGAGGCUGUGGCCAUGAUGAUGGAGUGGUUGCGCAGCCACAAGGACAACCCAUACCCCAACGAUGAUGAGAAAGCCUUACUAAUCAAACAGACAGGCCUGUCGGUCAACCAGAUCAACUACUGGUUCACCAACGCCCGCCGCAGGAUCUUACCCAAGUGGUCUCAGUGCAAGACAUGA